GGUUUUGAUUUCAAUAUGUCAACACGCACAGGCGUCGGUGCCACGGUCGCUUAAAACACAAUCAAAUCUUUAAUAACGUCGCAUCAUCGUUGGUUAUUUGUUUGUUGUGUUGUUUAGCAACAAAUAAUCACAUAACAACAACUCUUCUACUACCAUAGUGCACAACACAUUUAAAUGCAAAUAAAAAAUAAAUAAAAGAGAUAAAACAGCAACUGUAACGAAACAGAAAUUAUUCAAAACACCUACCAACCUACCUAUGAAAUUUAAAUAUUUUUAAGAUAAUUGCACAAAAAUCAUGAGUAGAAAAGUUAGUUUCUUAUAUCAAAAAGAUAUAAAGAAGAAAAUAUAAAAAAAAGAAAUGAUAAUAAGCCAUUGAAAAUAUUUAAAUUGAAAAAAUAACAACAAUUGAUAAGCUAAUGCAAUAAUUUUUGUGUUUGUCCCCCCUCCGGCACCUCACAAUCAGUGGCUUGCAAAACAUUUGAUGAUUCAAACAAAAAUUCGUCUCUGUGUGUCUAUGUAUUUGUGUUAAUUUCCUAGAGUUUUCUAUGUGUAUGUGUUUCUAGUUAAUUAUAUUACCUUUAUUGUUUAACAACAACAAAAUACAUACAUGAAAUAUAUCUUUUCGCCCAGAUACAACAACAAAUCUUGAAAGUCAAUAGAACGUAACGUCUUUUUUUUGUCGAACACCUACCUGGAAAGAAGUUAAUAAUAGUAGUUUUUUGCAAAUAAAGUUUUUGGUGCUUGUCAAUUAUUGUCUUUCGUAUUUCAAAUUUUUAAAAUUUCGAAAUUUUAUGUGUCAUUUUAAUUGAAAAAGGAAUCGAAAUUGAACAAACAAUUAACAGAAAAUAAACAUAUUUUGGAUUAUACAUCUUGCUGAAGCACAUUACGGACUCAAAGAUUUAAAACAAAUUAACAACAACGAAAAUAUCUGCCCAAACACACCAGUCAUCCGAACAGUCGAUCAGCCACCACCCCCGCCUUCUCAUCCAUCGCAACUUGCCGUAACUAAACCAAGUAGUUUUUAAAACUGAUUUUAAAAAGAAUUUUAAAAAUUUGUUGUUGUGUUUGUGUGUGUGUGUAUUUUUAGAAAAAAAAAAUAAAUAAAUAAAAAAUAGUUUGAAAAGAUAAUCAAGAAAUAAAAGUGAGCAAAAAGAGUUGCAUAAAACAAAUGGAAAAUUAAGAAAAUCAUUGUUGCAAACAUGCAAUUUGAAAAUUGUGUAUAACAACAACAAAAAGAAGAAGAAGAAAAAAAUAAAGGAAAAUUUUGUGGAAAACUUCAAAGUGAUUUUAGAGUUUCUUAAUGCCGGUAUGGCGUGUCCAAAAGAAGUGGAUCGUUGUUAAGCUCAUCACGUCAUCAUCAUUAUCUUUGCUUUUUUAAAUAAAACAAAAAAAAAAAAAACAGGCGUUGAUGGGUAGCCACGAAAAUUAGUGUUAAAUUAAUAAAAAUUAAGAAGAAGAAUCAAAAAACAAAACAAAUUUCAAUAUUUACGAAAAUUAAGAGCUCUUUGAAAAAAAAUAUUUUUUUUGGUUGCAAAAUCUUUGUGAAAAAAACGCCAGAAGAAGCCAAAAUCGUGUAAUAAAAAUUUCGGCAUGUAAGCCGGGCCAUGCCAAAUGAAAUCCAUAUAGUUUUCCAAUACAAAAGCCAAGCAACAAUAAAUUCGACAAAUCAACCAUACCAAAACCCAGUCAGUCUGUCUGUGUGGCUGGCUGGCUGUCGCUUUGCAAAACACCCGCAUUGCAAGAAAUAUUGCGGGGCGUUGCAAUAAAUGUUGCUGCAUGGCCAUUGUUGCAUUGUUGAGUGAUUGAGCAUUCAUUAGAGCCACGAAACAAAGCAAAACAAAAACAACAAAUAAUAAUAAAUAAAAUUAAAGACAACGCUCGAUUUGCUGCUGCAAUACUUCUUCCACACAGCCGCAAAGUUUGGGCGCUUGCACCCCCAGUGUAAUUUGUAUUUAUUGCCAUUAUCGGCUGGUUGCAUUGUCUUCGGAUAUUUGGGAAAAAUUCCAAAAUUUUAUUUUCUCGCCAAUUCGUCUAACAGAAAUCCAUUCAUAAUGGAUGUCUCCGAUCCAUUGCCACCACCAUCAUCCGCGGCAGCUCGGCUGCUCGUCGAGCCAUUGUCAGCCAGUGAAAUGUCAUUAACUCCCACCACAUUACAGCAGACCCCAACCAGUGCACCUCCAGGUAUGGCCACAGACAACGACACCACAAACACACCAGCUGCAACCAGCAAUGCUGCCAUAACAACAGCAACACCAACAACAACAACAACCCCCUCGUUGUCAACACCAACAACGCCGAGGACAACCACGCAUACACCGCGAGAAAUACCCACCAUGUAUAUAUUGGAAGAUUUGUACGAUGAUGAUUAUAUAGAUCAAUCGCGUCCAAUCAAACCUCUUAACAGUUACAAUACCACAACGCCUACGGAGACGCCCGACCCAUCGUUCAGCUUACAGCUGGCACCAUGCCCGAUUUGUUCGCGAACAUUUAAUCCGGUCACGUUACGCAAACAUGUGGGCAUUUGUGAAAAAAUGGCCACCAAAAGGCGUAACAUUUUCGAUUCAUCGCGGCAACGGAGAGAAGGAACCGAAUUGGCCACAUAUCCAUUGCCAAAGAAUUUCGGAUUGCCCGAGAAGGGUUCCAGCACCACACUGACAAGGACGAAAAGUGAAAGGGGUCAGUCACCAAAUCCAUUGCAGCAGGUCUCCUCUCCCAUAAUGCAGCGCAAGAAACCCACAGAGGAGUUUGUACGCUCCACAGCCCGUGCCUCGAUGCGUAAACUCUCCACCUCCUCGGCCAACGAUGGCAUGACAACAUCGAGCAAUUUCAGCCGUGAUCGUUUACGUUCAUCAGAACGUUCACUGACCCGACGUGGUCCCAUUCAGAGCUCGGUUCCUUCAGAGCAGUGUCCACAUUGUGAUCGCUGCUUUGGUUUGAAGGCCUACGAUCGACACGUGGAAUGGUGCAAAGAAAAAGCUCUCCAGGAUUCCAUAAAGAAACAGGCCUCGAGCAAAACGGAAGAAAAUGCUGCCAAGGCUCGCCUGGAGGCAAGAACAAAAUAUAAAGCGCCAUGUUUGAAAACCAAACGUUCCAUAAAUCGGGAUAAAUAUUCGGGUGCAGCUGGUGAUGAAAAUGAAGAUAUUUCCAAAACUCCAAAGUUGGGUCGCAAAACACAGGAUACCGGUUUGAUGUCCAUGUCGAUGACAUCUUCGAUCAACAGCGAAAGAAAAAUAACAAAGCAAACAGGAAAUAUUAAUGAAGCAUCGGAAACGACAACAGCAGCAACAGCAAAGACAACUACUGCUACUACCGAUCCCCACCCACCGACCACAAUAACAGCAUCCAUCAAUAAUAGUGGCACACGUGACAGAAAUCUUGCGCCACCAGUAGCAGCAGUUACACCACCAGCCACAUCACCUCCAUCGUCUCAAGGAGACGCGAAUCGCAAAGAUCCCAUUACAGCGACAGCUAAAGAUCCAGUAGCAAAAUUAAAAAUUGAAAUGCCAGAUUUCCGUUUGAUGGGCGAACAAAUGCCAACAUCCGACACCAACAUUUUGAACAGCAACAACAUCACGGACAGCAAUAAUAAUAACAAACAACACAUCAAAGGCAAGCCCAUCAGUAGAACCGAAGAAAGAGCAAAUAUUGUUCCAACAAGCAGUCGAACUACGCCGCAUGACAUGCGUCAGGCAAAAAUUGCCACAAAAAGAAGUGAUCAUCGUAAAAAAUUUAAAGCGGAUGUCAUCCAUACGGCUGGCAUAACAACUAAAUCACAGAAAAAGACAUUUAGUGAUUUGCCGUUGCAAAAAUCAGUGGAACAUAAUCAGGACAAGCUAUUGCCUCCAAGUAAGAAAAUGGAGAAUGAAUGUGAAAUCCAUGAUAAAAAUAAGAAAUGUCAAGAAAACACCUCACCUGGAACAAAAGUGAAUCUCACGAAGAGUUUGACAUUUUACCCUUCCUCCACCAAAGAAGUGUCCAAUGCAACGGAAGAGCAUGCACCUAAGCUCACCAUGGAAGAAUAUUUUACACUCAAUGAACCAGUCAAGGAGGAAAAGGAAGUAUUAACUCCCAACAAAAAUCUCCACUUCUUAGAUAUGUCUGAGUGCUUGGAGGCGGUUCAAGAAAAUCGUAUAAUGGGUUCCAGGAAAAUCAUGACCCAAAGGAAGGAAACAAAAAAGUCUUUCGAAAUUACACGAAAAGAACAUGGAGGAGCUGAAAUACCAAGUUGUGUAAUUGAACCCCAGAAAGGAAUAGCUUUAAAUAAGGGGACUAAAAACGUUCGAGAUACUUCCAAGACCUUUACCAAACGUAUCAAAAACGACGAAAAUAAAAAGGGUUUGGAAGUUUUCCGGUCUGAAGAUGGCGGGGAUUUACAGCAAAAAUAUUUGGAUGAGCUAAAAGUUCGACCUCAACUGAAAACCUUGCUUAGAUCUCUUUCCAAAGAAAGACCAAAACUAAGAAGAGAACAACAUAUGGAGGAAGAACAAGUCAAAAUAUCUACCGAGGAAGUGAUUUCCAAACAUACCCAAAGUAAAACCAAAACUUUGCCGGAUAUUAGUGGAGCUAAAUGUUUUUCUAGGACCAUUUCAAAGGAAAGCUUAAGCAUAACUGGAGUUUCAAGGAAAAUUCCCGAAGAUUUCCCAAAAACUCUAUCAAGGUCAAUGUCAAAAAAUAGUAUCAAUAAAACCCCCGGUAUUUCUCGAAACCCUUCAGAUCUAUCCAAUAGAAAUAUUUCCUUAGCCUCCCCACCAAAUUCGGCUUCGCGAAACAACAGCAAAGACAUAUUACAAAAAGCCUAUGAGACCCUGGAUAAACUUAAAUUAAGGGAAGCCUCUGCCUCGGAUCUCUCACCAGAAUUUGAUAACCCAAAGAAAGCCUCAACCCCUCAGGAAGAAGUUAAUUUCAAAUCUCUGCAACUUCAGUUGAAUGCAUCCUCCACACAUAAUUUACAAGAGGAUAUUGACCGAGAUAGUACCCUCAAAACCUCAAUGUCUACCACUGAAACAUAUAUCAAAUCCGAGAGGUCUUCUUAUUCAGAAGCAACCGAUGAAGAGUUCAUAACACCUCCUGAAAACCUGGAAGAUGUUGGAUUGAAUGCCAAGAAUUUUAUUGGUUUGAAAAAGAAUUUCCGAAAUUUUAGUCCACCCAGACGUCAAAUAGCUCCUACAAAUGAAAUUCAAGAACCAGAAUUGCUUUCCGAGAAUAAAUCAAAUACUAAUAAAAAUCAUAACACAACAUCUCCUCAAAUUGUGUGUUCCAAGGGAAAAAGAACUGCCACGCCACCUCUUUUGCAAACCCCAAAGUCUCUGGAAUCGACAUCAAAUUCAACGGUUGCAUUAAGAUCCAGUAGACGAACUCCAGAUACAUUAGGUCUCCAAGAUUCGAAUGCCCCAGGAUCUAGUGACCAGCAAAAUAGCAAAAGAGUAAGAGCAUCUACACCACCGCCUCCACCAUCCACCAAGUCCCUGGAGUCCACACCACGCUCUACAAUCUCCUUGAAUAUGGAAAAAUCCCAAGUCAGACUUGAGAAGAGCCCAGUAAAAUCAUUGAGUAUUUGUAGACCAAACCGCAAGAGAGUGGAGAUUAAAACUGUUGAGAGGAAUUCCUCUCAACCCAUGAAAGCAUUACCUCUCAAACAAGAAACCAUAGAAAUCUAUGGCAUUUCUCCGGCGUCUCAUUUGAAAAAUGAUGAUGAAGAAGAAGAUUUACAUGAAGAGGUAUCCGAAAGCAUAGAGUGUUACGGAGAACCAAAUGAAAAGCAAAAAAAUAUUGAGAAAUGUAUGGAAAGGAAAGAGAUUAAAAAUCCAAAACAAGAGAACAAAAACAAUACUGAGAGCGAAGGUGAGCAAAGAGAGUAUCAAAGUCCAAAAAUUUAUUGCCGUGAGAGCCCUGGAAGAGAAGAGUUGAGAGGACAAUCUACAUCUACUCGUUUGAUACGUAGCGACUCGUUUGUCAUAAGAGCCACCAAAAAUAGGUAUAACGACAAGUCCCUUGCUAGUGACGAUGAGUUGCUUGGUAACCACAACCACCACCAAAAACGGGAGAUUUUCAUAAGCAUUGAAACCGAACAGAAUGACGAUAUGGACCGAGAAUCCAUCUCUCCGAAUUCAAUACGCGACAUGAUGAUGGGCAAUCCCCAAUGCCUGGUCGAGUUGGAGGUGGACGCAGCCGACAAUAAAUUCAGCAAAAUCAGCGAUGAUGAUGAGCAACAGCAACAACAGCAUCACAACCUAACACCUGGUCUUCGGAGUCGCGGCAUACCAAUUGCAUCCACGCCAGCUGCCGCCGCAGGAGCAGGAGGAGGUAAUCAAUUUAUUGGCCAUUUUUUAAAUAAACCCGAUGUUCAAUUGAAUAACGCUAAAAAUCUUAUACAACAAAUGCAAAAAGACUUUCGCCAGCUGAGUGAUGAAAUGACGGCCAAUCUCAGGCAGUCUCUGGAGCAGCAAAGAUCCAAUGACAUGACGACCACGUCGAUGAUGAAUAAUCGCAAUAAGGCGAACAAAGCCACGGGUACACCGAGUGGUGAUGCCUACGCCGAUUCGGAUGAGCUAAGCAGUUUGGAUGGCUAUCCGCUGUCAUCGCCGAACUCACGUCUGGGUGUUAGUUCCAAAACGAGUGCAGACUCGGCCUAUGGGAGUCUUUCGCGUCAACGUUCUUCUGAACUAACUAACCCACGUAAUACUAGUCGUAAUCGACCAUUAACAAAUAAUCAAAGUAGCGGUGGCAAUGUGAUAACAAGUCGUCCCUUGGCCGAGGAACGUUGUCGACAAUUGAGUGCCUCAUCCAGCAGUAGUUCUGAACAUGCCUUGCCACCAAUUAUGGUUGGCCCAAAUAACAAUAACAAUAAUAACAAUAGUAAUACUAACAACAACAUUUACCAAAAACAAUUGUAUAACAAUAGCAGCAACAACAACAAUCCUAUAGGCCACGAUUUGGAUGAGAUGUUACGUUGUGAACGAAAUAACAACUAUGAUACCACGCCCAUACAUCCUACAAUGAUGACCGCAAUGGGUUUGACAUCAACACCAAAUAGCCAUCAUCAGCAGCAACAGCAACCAAUGAUGAAUUCAAAUCGUGAAACUCCUGCAAGCUCCUCAACCCAGUUGUAUGGCUCCAGUUCAACGAUGAGUUCAAGUAUGAAAAUGUCAAAAUUCUGCCAUGAAUGUGGCAGUAAAUUUCUCAUAGAACAUGCUAAAUUUUGUAUGGAUUGCGGUGUAAAGCGUAUAUGUUUGUAGAGAGCGAAGAGAGUAGAUUUUGGCAAGAUGUUGGUGAUCUUGACGGAAAUUGUAGUUAUGGUAUUGUGAAAAAAUAAAAUAAAACUUCUUAUUCUACCCACUGUAACAACGUACGCAUCAUCAUCAUCUAUCAAUUGGUUUCAUAGCAAAUAACCUGGGCCUUAAUAUAUAUACAUAAAUAUUUUGUUCAUCUAAUAAGAACUCUAACCAAAAUACAUCCAUACACAUAUUUAGUUUAACUAAUUGUAAAAAAAAACUAUAUUUGAAAAAAAAAUAAAUCUAUAUAUACAAAUACAUAUAUUAAUAUAUAAAUAUAUUUUUUCUAUAUAUAAUAUAACCUAAAAAUAGUGAUUAUUAUAAUUUAAAGAUUUGCGAAAUUGCAUUGCAAUUAUUAGAUAGAAACCAUUUUCAAGUGUAAAUCGAGGAAAUGAAAUUCAUAAAAUUGAAAUUAUACAGGAGUUAAAAUAAUUGUAAGACACUCUAAUGAAAGGAAUAAUCAACUUUAACUUUACGGUAACUUUACCUUACUGUAACAUUACGUCAAUCACAAAUGUAGGGCUCGCUAGUUACAAUAUAAGACCAAAGGAAAGAAACAGUUUAUCGCAUACACUUGUAAUUAAAUCUUUAAAUUCAUAUCUCUUUAUAAUUAUCCUUCGAAAAGUUUUAAAUUAUCAUUGAAAAAGUCUUGUUUGCAGAGAAAGAGAAUAAACCCGUUCAUCGACAUUCUCUGACACAAAUUAAUGUUUCGAUUUUGAUGUGUAUGCCCUUUUUUUAGCCAUAGAAAAUAUAGGAGAGCGAGCGAGAGGAAAGAAAUAGUUUGAGAAGCAUCUGUAAAGAUGAGAACACACAGACCGCUGGGUUCUUCGGAAGAGAACAAAGGAGCGAAGGGUGAACAAGUAUAUUUUAUGCGACAAUAAUGAACUAAGUCAACCUACAACUUUUUGCUCUCUUACGACGAAGUCAGCCGAUGACUUAAGCCAGUAAAAAACUUGCUCCAUGUGGUCUCACCUUUACGUUUCUAUGAUUUUUAUUUAGUUUUUUUGUUUUUUGAGUUUUUUGAGUUUUAGUUAUUUCUAUGUAUGUAUCCCCAUGGAGAUGUUGGCUCGUGUUUCAGAGACACCGCCAGGAUAUAGAUGAAGGUGAGAAUACAUAAAACGCAUUUUUUACUGGCUUAGGUACGAUUUCGGCCUUAGGCUCCUUGGUUCUGUUCCCAAAAAGCCAGCCGAUGACUUAAGCCAGUCAGAAAAGCGUUUUAUGUUUUCUCCCCUUAAGUCCACCCAAGACUCCU